UCCUCAUUGCAUAUCUUCUCUGUGAGGAGCCCCGUUCUCUUACAGUCACAGAUAAGUUGGGUUUGUCCACACUCCUACAGUUGGCCUGUUCCGAGGCAAUGUAUCAGUGACUUCGUUGACUGUAUCUUUAUUCAAUUUUGAAUGAUGAGCAAAGACACAAUAUCAGCAGCAGGGCACUUGUGUUAUUGCUGAUGAUAACCAAAAAGAAACGCACUAGAAAUAACAAUAUCUGAACAAUGAUUGACAAUGGUGAGCAGCGGUCGUAGAACACGGAAGGAUGGAUGUCACAGUAUGUGAUAAUGAGGACAAGGGGCACAUGCAGACAAGAAGUAAAAGGUUGACCCAGGUUGAGAGUAGAAGGACGGAGACAGAAUAUGAAGCAAAGCACAGAGAGAAGGUGGACAACCGAUGUAGAGGGUUGACGCAGGUGAAGAGAAGGGCGGAUAUCAUGCAGAAUGAAGCCAAAGAGAGCGUGCAGGUGGAAACUAGAAGUAAAGGGCUGAGCGUGGCAAAGAAAAGAAGGAAGGGUGAGACAGAUGGUGAAACCAAGGAGAGAGUAGAGGUGGAAACAAGAAGUAAAGGGUUGACCGGGGCAAAGAAAAGAAGGAUGGGUGAGACAGAGGGUGAAACCAAGGAGAGAGUAGAGGUGGAAACUAGAAGUAAAGGGUUGACCGGGGCAAAGAAAAGAAGGAUGGGUGAGACAGAGGGUGAAACCAAGGAGAGAGUAGAGGUGGAAACUAGAAGUAAAGGGUUGACCGGGGCAAAGAAAAGAAGGAUGGGUGAGACAGAGGGUGAAACCAAGGAGAGAGUAGAGGUGGAAACUAAAAGUAAAGGGUUGACCGGGGCAAAAGAAAGACGGAUGGGUGAGACAGAGAGUGAAACCAAGGAGAGAGAAGAGGUGGAAACUAGAAGUAAAGGGUUGACCAGGGCAAAGAAAAGAAGGAUGGGUGAGACAGAGGGUGAAACCAAGGAGAGAGUGGAGGUGGAAAUUGGAAGUAUGGAAUUAUCACGGGGAAAGCGACAAAGGUCACAAGUAGAAAUAGGUGCUGGUAGCAGGCAAAUGCAGGUAGAGAAAAAAGAUAAAGGUUCAAACAUGACAAGAAAGAGGCCAAAGAAAGGUUUAAAAAGAGCCCAGGUUGAAACCAAAACCCAACUAAAGGUAAGGACAGAUGCACCAGUAAGUAAAUGCAAAAGGGAUAUUGGAACCAGAGACAAGGUCGUGGCCACAUUGAGGAAAGGAAGAUAUAAGAUAGAACGUGGAAAUGAGGAAGUGCAGACUCGAAGUAAAGAGUCGACCCACCCAAAGAAAACAAGGAAUGUAUAUCAGGUGAGCAGUGGGAAAAGAAGGAGCUUACGCAUCACUGAGAGAAAACUGGAACUGCAACAUGAAAUAGCCGAAAGAAUGAGUUUAAAACAACAUACUAAGUCUGAUAAAAUGUCAGCAAGAAAGGAAAAGAAGGCAAUAAAUAGAGGGGUUGUAUUGAGGAAAGAGGGUAGAUCUGACACUUCAGAGAGAAUGAGGACUUUGAAGCAAGGGAUCAAGAGAAUGAAACACGAUGCCAGAGGAAAAAAGAAGUUGAAAGGAAAACAAAUAUCCAAUAAAAAGACGAAAGAAAGAAUGGGUAAAUGGCACCACAGUGUUCCAUGCUCAACAGCCACCCGAAACACCUUGUCAGCAUUAGGUGAUGUUGCAACAGAGGACGUUCAUACAGCAGACACUGUGGAGGAAGAAGAGAGUGAAACUGAUGAGGAAAAGGAGGAAGAUAGGAGUCUAACAUUGGGAGCAGCAGCUGUUUCUACAGCAGUGACUACUCUGACACGUCGUAUUGCCGAACAAGGCACAUCUGUCAGCCAAGAACCCGUCAUGUCAUUGAUGACUUCACAAUCUCAAACACAAGAAAUGGACACAUCCUGUGUACCAACAUCAUCUGGUGCUCCUCCAACCAUUCAGUAUAACAUUCUUCAAGUCAAACAGCAGUUUGGAGAUGUGACGAUGAAGGGGGCCAGGAAUGUGACCUUCGGUGGAACGCAGAACAUCGGCAAAUCUCAGCCCUGUCCCCAGGAGGACGAGGAGAAACUGCUGACUACAGUACAGAAGAUCAGGAAACGAACAGAAUUAAGGAUACAGUCAUGGACCCAAGGUAUGGUUAAGACACAGGCACUACAGAAGUUGAUGGAGAAGAUUGACAGAGGAGCAACAUGGGUGACAAUAAAGGGAAGACCAGGAGAGGGGAAGUCUACAGUGGCCUACAUGGCCCUCAGAGAUCUGCACAGCCAAGGGAGACAAGUAUUCCAAGUUGUGUCCCCAGACGAGUUCAAUGAGGUCACCAGGACCUGUACCAACCCAGUGAUUAUGAUGGAUGAUAUAUUUGGUGAUCUGGAAUUUCACGUUGCAGAGUGGACCAAAUGGAGACCCUCUCUUCGUCCCAUUCUUGAUAAGCCUGACUUGGAGCUAAAUGAAACUUUAAAUAAGUUAACUGACAUCAAUCCAGAGCAAAAUCGAAAGAAACAAUCUUUAUUUAUUCUUGUAGGACGUGAUUAUAUACUAAAAUCCUCUUUACCAGACCUUGGAAGAGUGAGGGAAUAUCUUACAAGCAGUAAACAUCUCGUCGAACUCUCACCAACCAGACAUCAUGAAGAAAAACUGAAUAUUUUGAUAUCAGUUUUUCGAAUGGAAGGUGUUGACAUUGAGAAAAUAGACAUUUUUAAAUUAAGCCACAUCGCGUGUCCACAUGGGUUUCCACAUGUCUGUAAACUUUUUGCCACAGCCUUUAAACAGAAUGCCAAGGUAUCAGCAGAGGAGUUUUUCACGAGUCCUCUUGAAUUUCUAAACCAAACUUUGCAGAAAUUAAUAAACAAUAAAUCAAAGUAUCAACUCCUGAAGGCAAUGAUCCAAGGAAAUGGUAAAGUGUCUCAGUCUGAAUUGUAUAAAGACAAAUACAAGAUGCAUGACUGUGUAUCAUCUGCCAAUGAGCUUGUUGGGUCAUAUCUGAAGCUGGAAGAUGGUACAUACAUGUUUGACCAUCCAUCAAUCUAUGACAGUGUUGCAUUUCUUCUGACUGAAAAAGAUCCAAUAUUUGUCAUUGAGAAUUGUAGUCUCUCAUUCAUCAACCAGCGACUUAGACAUGGGACUGUUGAAAACCAAGGUUUGGUUGCAGAAAUCCCACUUUUCUGCAUUGACAACUUGGUGCAGAGAUUUGCCUUGGAGAUUCAGCAGGGCAACUUGGCAUAUGUAAUCUCACACCAAAUCUGUUGUGAUCCAGAUUUCAUUGAUAAAAUGAUGAACAUACUGAAAGAACAAUAUCAGAUAUCUGUAUAUACAUUUCUGAGGAACACUGAUAAAGAUACACAAGAAUCCUGUUUGGAGUUGCUUCCAAGCAACAAAUCUUCAACCAUGGUGAAAUACAUACUGGAGGGAAACAUUACACUGCAUCAGACAGAGAUAGAUGAGAUCUUAUACGGUGCGUGCAAACAUGCUGCAGGUGAUGUGCUGACAUAUCUGACACAACAUGUAAAACUGGACAUCAAUGCGACCUACGGACUUGAUGAGCAGACCCCGCUGAUGAUAGCAGCUGAGACCGGAGAUUGUAACUUUGUACACCAGAUACUUCGCCUUCUUCCUGAUCUGAAUGCAUCUGACAGAAAUGACACAACUGUGCUGCAUUACCUGUGUGAACAUGGUCUUGUGUCAGCUGUGGAGUAUGUCAUUGACAAGGGUGAAGAUAUUGAUGUAACAGAUGGGACUGGUCGAACUUCACUUUAUCUAGCGUGUCGGUCUGGUCACAAGGGCGUAGUGAAACUGUUACUGGAUAGAGGAGCUGUAGGUUAUGUGGAUAACAAUGAUAAGUCUCCUCUACAUGCGGCUUGUUUCAGUGGCAAGGAAGAAGUUGUAAAACUGGUGCUGGAUAGAGUUGAUGUUGAUAGUGAAUGUAAGGACGUGUCUCUCGUUAGCGCAUGUCGGAAUGGCACGGAGGGAAUUGUGAAAGCUUUGCUCGAGGGAGGAGCAAAUGUUGCUGGUCACGAUUUCCAUUUUAAGCCUCUGUAUGAAGCAUGUACAAUUGGACAUGCGAACAUUGUUAAGACUUUACUUGUGGCAGGAGCAGACCUUAGUGGCGAUGAAGUAUGUGCUGCAUGUAAAAGUGGGAAUCUGGAUGUUGUUGAGAUGCUGUUUGAUAAAGGGGCCACAGUCAAUAUGACAUCGAAGGAUGGACAACUCCCUUUUCAUGAAGCAUGUACAAGUGGAAACCUGGAUGUCGUGAGAGUUUUGACGGGAAAAGGAGCAAAUGUCGGCAUGGUGGCUCCAAAUGGAAAUACUGCACUGCACUCAGCGUGCAAGGGAGGAAGCCAAGAGGUUCUUCUAUUUUUUCUUGAACAGCUUUAUACGUCUCACGAAGAAGACGAAACAGAAGUUGGUCAAUCGGCUGAAGGUUUCAGAAAGCAGAAAGCUGACAAUAAUUCAGGUAUCAAGUCAAGAGACACCCCGGCAGCUGCAGCGAGAGUAAAUGUAGAGGAUAACACAGGAAACACACCACUUCAUGAAGCAUCAAUCUAUGGAUCGAAAGAGUGUGUUGAACUGUUACUGAAGGCUGGGGCUGAUGUAAAAGUGCAAAACAACUCAGGCUUCACUUCACUUCAUGGAGCAUCAAUCCAUGGAUCGAAAGAGUGUGUUGAACUGUUACUGAAGGCUGGGGCUGAUAUACAGGUACAGAAUAGAUCAGGCGACACACCACUUCAUAACGCAUCAAUGUUUGGAUCUCAAAAGUGUGUUGAUAUAUUACUGAAGGCUGGAGCUGAUGUGAAAGUACAAAACGAGACAGGCGACACUCCACUUCAUAACGCAUCAGGGCGUGGAAUGCAAGAGCGUUUUGACCUGUUAGAGAAGGCUGGCGUGAAUGGUUUUUUGGAUAAUAUAGGACGCGCGACACUCUACAGAGUAUCAAUGUAUGGAUCGAAAGAGUGUGUUGAACUGUUACUGAAGGCUGGGGCUGAUAUACAGGUACAGAAUAGAACAGGCGACACACCACUUCAUAACGCAUCAAAGGUUGAAUCUCAAAAGUGUGUUGACGUGUUACUGAAGGCUGGAGCUGAUGUAAAAGUACAAAACGAGACAGGCGACACUCCACUUUAUGAAGCAUCCAGGUGUGGAUCUCAAAAGUGUGUUGAACUGUUACUGAAGGCUGGGGCUGAUGUAAAAGUACAAAACAACUCAGGCUACACUUCACUUCAUGGAGCAUCAAUCCAUGGAUCGAAAGAGUGUGUUGAACUGUUACUGAAGGCUGGGGCUGAUGUAAAAGUACAAAACAACUCAGGCUACACUUCACUUCAUGGAGCAUCAAUCCAUGGAUCGAAAGAGUGUGUUGAACUGUUACUGAAGGCUGGGGCUGAUAUACAGGUACAGAAUAGAUCAGGCGACACACCACUUCAUAACGCAUCAAUGUUUGGAUCUCAAAAGUGUGUUGAUAUAAUACUGAAGGCUGGAGCUGAUGUGAAAGUACAAAACGAGACAGGCGACACUCCACUUCAUAACGCAUCAGGGCGUGGAUUGGAAGAGCGUUUUGACCUGUUAGAGGAGGCUGGCGUGAAUGUUUGGGAUAACAUAGGACGCGCGACACUCUAUAGAGCAUCAAUGUAUGGAUCGAAAGAGUGUGUUGAACUGUUACUGAAGGCUGGGGCUGAUAUACAGGUACAGAAUAGAACAGGCGACACACCACUUCAUAACGCAUCAAUGUUUGGAUCUCAAAAGUGUGUUGAUAUGUUACUGAAGGCUGGAGCUGAUGUGAAAGUACAAAACGAGACAGGCGACACUCCACUUCAUAACGCAUCAGGGCGUGAAUGGGACGAGCGUUUUGACCUGUUAGAGGAGGCUGGCGUGAAUGUUUGGGAUAACAUACGACGCGCGACACUCAAAAGAGCAUCAAUGUAUGGAUCGAAAGAGUGUGUUGAACUGUUACUGAAGGCUGGGGCUGAUAUACAGGUACAGAAUAGAACAGGCGACACACCACUUCAUAACGCAUCAAUGUUUGGAUCUCGAAAGUGUGUUGAUAUGUUACUGAAGGCUGGAGCUGAUGUGAAAGUACAAAACGAGACAGGCGACACUCCACUUCAUAACGCAUCCAGGCGUGAAUGGGACGAGCGUUUUGACCUGUUAGAGGAGGCUGGCGUGAAUGUUUGGGAUAACAUAGGACGCGCGACACUCUAUAGAGCAUCAAUAUAUGGAUCGAAAGAGUGUGUUGAACUGUUACUGAAGGCUGGGGCUGAUAUACAGGUACAGAAUAGAACAGGCGACACACCACUUCAUAACGCAUCAAAGGUUGAAUCUCAAAAGUGUAUUGACGUGUUACUGAAGGCUGGAGCUGAUGUAAAAGUACAAAACGAGACAGGCGACACUCCACUUCAUGAAGCAUCCAGGUGUGGAUCUCAAAAGUGUGUUGAUCUGUUACUUGGGGCUGGGGCUGAUGUAAAAGUACAAAACAACUCAGGCUACACUUCACUUCAUGGAGCAUCAAUCCAUGGAUCGAAAGAGUGUGUUGAACUGUUACUGAAGGCUGGGGCUGAUAUACAGGUACAGAAUAGAUCAGGCGACACACCACUUCAUAACGCAUCCAGGUAUGGAUUUCAAAAGUGUGUUGACCUGUUACUGAAGGCUGGGGCUGAUGUAAAAGUAAAAAAUGAGACAGGCGACACUCCACUUCAUGAAGCAUCAGGGUGUGGAUCUCGAAAGUGUGUUGAUCUGUUACUUGGGGCUGGGGCUGAUGUAAAAGUACAAAACAACUCAGGAUACACGGCACCCCAUAGAGCAUCAAUGUGUGGAUCGAAAGAGUGUGUUGACCUGUUACUGAAGGCUGGGGCUGAUAUACAGGUACUGAAUAGAUCAGGCGACACACCACUUCAUAACGCAUGAGGUGUGGAUCUCAAAAGUGUGUUGAUAUGUUACUUGAGGCUGGAACUGAUGUAAAAGUAAAAAACGAGUCAGGCGACACUCCACUUCAUGAAGCAUCUGGGUGUGGAUCUCAAAAGUGUGUCGAUAUGUUACUGAAGGCCGGCGCUGAU